AUGACUGAUCAUAGUUCAUCAUCAAAACCUAAAUUCACAUUAGAUGAAUCUUUUGAUUACACAAUUUUUUUAUCGUUGACACUUGCACCUGAUAAUGAUCAAACGAUUCUUAUUCAAAUAUUACAUCGUGACUGGACUCGAAAUAUCAAUGAACAACAUCUCUAUCUUCAAUCAUUUAACAGCCAGGACAAAAAACUGGUGACUCGUAAUGCUUCAGAUUCACUGAAACCAAUUUGGAGAGGUGAAUGGAUUGCCUAUAUAGCUGGAUUUACCGGUGAGGGAUCUGUAGAAGGUGUUUAUCAAGAGAAUCAAGGACGACUUUACUCACUUAAUGUUGUAAGCGGUCAAAUUGAACGUUGGGCCGAUAAAUUUAAAGGUGCAAUGAACGACUUUGCUCUAUUAGAAAAUGGUCGAAAAGGUGUUAUCCUUCUCGGGCAGUUGAAUACAGAAAUACAAAUUUAUACUCAACAAUCAACAUAUGAUCCACUGAUUAAACUAACAGGCUGGAAUGGAACUUCUGAAAACCUCGUUACCACCUGUGUUGAAAACAAAUCUACAAUUGCUUUCAUUCACUCUUCAUUUGAUGCUCCUCAAGAAAUCUAUUAUAUAAAUACAAUUGACCAAUUGAACUCAGCUAAGAAAGUCACAAACGAAAAUAAGCUGUUUACAGAACGAAAUCUGCCCAAAGGUACAUCAUAUCGAUGGGCAAAUAAGGACGAUUAA